ACACAGAAAACUGAAAAGCCUAUAGCACAUAAGGGAAGUACCAAAGCACCUUGAUAUAGGGCAGGCGCAUGCAAGCAGAUGAGGACAUUUGGCUAUAUGGAAGACAUUAUAUAGUAAAAAAAAGCAGAUGAGGACAUUUGGCUAUAUGGAAGACAUAUAUUAAAACCUACAAAAGUGUGAACGUUAACCAGGAAAGAAAACAUACUAGCCUCCCUGUCCCGAAUAAAAACUCUCCCCAAAGCAACACAAAAAGUUUAACAACCCUCUCCUAUUUUGGACCACCCCUCUCUCCAUUAAAUUGCGAUCUGUUCCUAACUUAAUAUAGCCCUCACCUUCAUAACUGGCAGCAGUCCAACCAGUGUCGUCAGACUUGCCACUCCUCCACGGUUCUGUUCCACCACGCCACAUUCUUACGUAUACAGUCAAUACGGAACUGUUGUCUGCUGCCCACUACAACUACAGUAUUCAUACAGUUAUUGACAUAUCGCGUUUUGCAAUCCCAACUUCCUCUUGCUCUCUAUGACAGUGUGAUGUUUGGCAAUAGUGGGCAUGUGUUAUAGUUGCCUGCAAAGUAGGCUAGACGUCAAAUGAAUCUAGAGCUCUGAAGAUCGGCGAUAUCAUGGAAGAAACAGGGGCCCUUAUCCGCAAAAGAAGAGCCACUAUAUCCACUGGAAAAUGUGUUCCUUUGAAACAAGUGAAUGGGCGGUCAGAAGUUGAUGAAAGUGUUAACGGCCGCAGUGACAGCGGCAACAUUGUAACUAAGCGAAACGUGUCCGAUUUGCCUUCUACCACGUCAAAAGAAAGGAAGAAACGAAUAAAUGUUCCUAGUGAUAGACAGAGUUGCCACAGGUUGCAGGAGUCCCUGUUGAGCUCUGCCAGUGGUUAUAGAAACUACAGAGGAGUCCUCAACUGGUGUGUUGUCAUGCUGGUCUUAAGCAAUGCCCGUCUGUUCUUGGAAAACCUUUUAAAGUAUGGCAUUCUAGUGGACCCAAUACAAGUGGUUUCUCUAUUCAUAAAGGACCCCUACAACAUGCCUGCAGCGUGCCUUGUUAUCGUGUCCAACGUGUUUAUUGUGGCAGCUUUGUACACAGAACGAAGGCUCUCAGUGGGCUGCUUCAGUGAACGUGUUGGGCUGCUGGUUCAUUCCAUUAACCUGUCAGUCACACUGUGCUUCCCGGUGACUAUCGUACUAAUGCUGAAGUCCAUUACUCCAGAUCAUCUUUCCCUGGACGUUGACUGCGUAGCUACAGUAUCCUUCCUUACCUUGGGUGGAGCAUCUGCUCUGGGAGUGUACACCGUCCUCUUCCUGAAGCUCUACUCCUACAAAGAUGUGAACAAGUGGUGUAGAGAGAUGAGCCAUGCUAAAGCCCGUAGCCUGGCCCGGUCCCUCUCAUGUUCCUCUAUACCACGGUCUAGGGAAAGUGGACAGGAUUAUCAGGUCUCCUAUCCUGGAAAUGUCACCCUCAGAGAUUUGUAUUAUUUUGUUUUUGCACCAACCCUCUGCUAUGAAUUAAACUUCCCCCGGUCUCCACGGAUUCGAAUGAGCUUCCUGCUAAGGAGGCUUUUUGAGAUGCUGUUCUUCACCCAGUUAUUGGUGGGAUUAACACAGCAGUGGAUGAUACCCAUUAUUCAGAGUUCUAUGAAGCCAUUGGAGGAUAUGGACCUGCCUAUGAUGAUGGAGCGUCUACUCAGACUAGCCGUGCCCAAUCAUCUCCUCUGGUUGAUAUUCUUCUACUGGUUCUUCCACUCGUCCUUGAACUUUAUUGCUGAGCUCCUGCAAUUUGGAGACCGAGAGUUUUACAGAGACUGGUGGAACUCUGAGACCAUCACAUACUUUUGGCAAAACUGGAAUAUUCCAGUACACAAAUGGUGCCUUCGCCACUUCUACAAGCCCCUGCUGAAGAGUGGAGUCAGUAAGUGGCUCGGCCAAUCAGCAGUGUUCCUGGCUUCAGCCUUCUUUCAUGAGUACCUGGUCAGUGUUCCACUGAAGAUGUUGAGGCCAUGGGCUUUUAUGGGCAUGAUGGCUCAGCUUCCUCUGGCCUGGUUUGUGGCGCGUUUUCUCCGAGGUAACUAUGGCAACGCAGCCGUAUGGCUCUCUCUCAUCAUUGGCCAGCCAAUCGCCGUGCUCAUGUACGUCCACGACUACUAUGUACUUCACUACAGAGAGGGGUCAGCGGGAGGUGGACCUGAAUGACCUCCUCAGGGGAAUAUAUACCAGACCAGCCUUUUAUAGGAAAGACAAAUAGAGCUAGAAAUGUACUGUAUGUUACUUUAUGGAAGCACCUUAAAGGGGCCAUCAACAUUUGCUACAUCCAUUUUUGGACUCAUACAUGAAUGAUAUGUACCCAUCAAUUCUUGAAGAACAUAACUUAUAAAUGCCUCACCAGCUUAGUUCGACUGUCAUUGCCCAUCACAAACCAAAAUAUAGGAUUGUUUUACUCCAAUAUUUGUAAACAAAUCAAAUGUAAACAAACACUAUAUAGCCUCAAAACAUGGUUAAAACUAUACUUUUUUAAAUCAUGGAUGGUCAAUCGUUGCAUCCAUAUCUCUGUCCAUGAAUUUGAAAGUGAUUACAUUUCUCCAGUCCCAUCCCUCAGCUUUUUACUGAACCAGGGGUGGGGAGGCAGCUUUGUUAUUGUUUCAACUGCUGAUUGCUACUUUAAAGAUAACACACUUGUUAUAGAAACAAUCAAUUUAGUUAGUGAAUAUUAGAAUAUGCCUUAUUGAAACAUGUCUGACAAGUGCAAUUUUCAAAAAGUGCCAGUUUCUCAGAAAAUGUACACAACCAUGACAUGUGUGUUUGUAAGAUGUAUGUGUAUUUAUGCCACUCAAGCCUCAAUAUUUUGUCAUCUUGUUUUACUUGGGUACGUAAAGAGGGAUAUGUAUAGAUACGGAAAUGGCAGCUGUUGAUUCUUGACUUUAUUCCAUUAAUUGGGUCAUUAUUAUGUUGCCGACAGAACUACAUGGACAAGUAAAUAUAUUUCUCUA